GGGGGGAACGCUCACGUGCGGCACUCUGCUUUCCAGCCGGUGACAGUAGCUCCCGAGAAAACCAACGUUCAGACUACCCGAAUCAGUAUUAUUUUGUCCUGGGAGCCCGCACAGGAGGGCGGAAAGAACAGCUACUCGAGUUGGGCAGUGGACGCGCCCCUCUUCUCCCCCGCGGUUCGCCUGAACCGCCUGGAGCUGCAAGCGCGCCAGUCGCGGCGGAGCUUCCUCAGCCUUUGACAGCUCCGCGCGAGCACCACGGGCCUGGAGUCCCAGCUCCAGGGGCGGGACGGGGCGGGGCGAGAGCGCGAGGGGCGGGGCGAGCGCGAGUCGGGGCCAGAGGAGGGAGCGCGCGAGCGGAGCCGAGUGGUGCCGAGCGGAGAAGGGAGGUUCUGGGGAGAGGCAGGCAGAGCCCGCCGGCCGCCUGCGGCUCAGCGCUGAUUGUGCUGCGUCGCCCGGCUCAGCGUACCCCCGCCUCUGCCCAGGCUUCCGCAAAACUUUUAUUCUCUGGGGCUCCCCGGGGUGUCUGAAGGAAUCGGAGCGCUCGGCCGGCUCUACGCUCCCCUGUCGCGGCGACUGAGGGGACGUGCAUCCCUUGCCCGCUGGGCUCUCGUGCCCCGCGCCUCACCUGCUGCUGAUCCGCUCCUCAGAGCGGCGAGGGGGCACCCGCGGAGAGGCCGCGCGGGCGCCAGCGCCCCCGAAUUCUCCCGCCCACCGCGGUGGACUCGCCCGGCGCAACUUUAACUUGAUUCCUCUAGCCCAGCCCGGGCACCCGCUGCUGUUGCUUUGCUGCCGCCGCUGCCGUCUCGGCCGCCGCCUCACAAAGGGGCGCGGGAAGGGAGGCGGCGCGGUCCGCGGGCACAGGCGCCGGUGCGCAAGGCGCGGGCCUCCGUGCCGCCGAGGCCGGGAGACAAAAGGGAAACUGCCUCUGUUCGCCGUGCGGGCUGGGAGCAGCCAGCUCGUCCGCCUCCUGCCCGGCUCCGCGAGCCUCCUCCCCCCACCCCCGGCUGCUGCUCCGCCUCCCUCCCCGCGGGCUGUCCCCGCAGUGCUCCGGGACCCGGCGAGCCUUCGGGGCGCGCGUCGCUGCUGGUGGUUGGGGCUGUAGCGAUAAUAAAUGAUAGAGGAUACAAUGACUUUGCUGUCUCUGCUGGGUCGCAUCAUGCGCUACUUCUUGCUGAGACCCGAGACGCUCUUCCUGCUGUGCAUCAGCUUGGCACUGUGGAGUUACUUCUUCCACACGGACGAGGUGAAGACCAUCGUCAAGUCCAGCCGGGACGCGGUGAAGAUGGUGAAGGGCAAGGUGGCGGAGAUCAUGCAGAAUGAUCGGCUCGGGGGGCUCGACGUGCUGGAGGCCGAGUUUUCCAAGACCUGGGAGUUUAAGAGCCACAACGUGGCCGUGUAUUCCAUCCAGGGCCGGAGAGACCACAUGGAGGACCGAUUCGAAGUUCUUACGGACCUAGCCAACAAGACGCACCCGUCCAUCUUCGGGAUCUUUGACGGACAUGGGGGCGAGACUGCAGCAGAAUAUGUAAAAUCGCGACUCCCAGAGGCCCUCAAACAGCAUCUUCAGGACUACGAGAAGGACAAAGAAAAUAGUGUUUUGUCGUACCAGACCAUCCUUGAACAGCAGAUUCUGUCAAUUGACAGAGAAAUGCUAGAAAAAUUGACUGUAUCCUACGAUGAAGCAGGUACAACGUGUUUGAUUGCUCUGCUAUCAGAUAAGGACCUCACCGUGGCCAACGUGGGUGACUCAAGAGGGGUCCUGUGUGACAAGGAUGGGAACGCCAUUCCUUUGUCUCAUGAUCAUAAGCCUUACCAACUGAAAGAAAGAAAGAGGAUAAAGAGAGCUGGUGGUUUUAUCAGUUUCAAUGGCUCCUGGAGGGUCCAGGGAAUCCUGGCCAUGUCUCGAUCCCUGGGGGAUUAUCCGCUGAAAAAUCUCAAUGUGGUCAUCCCAGACCCAGAUAUCCUGACCUUUGACCUGGACAAGCUCCAGCCCGAGUUCAUGAUCUUGGCAUCAGAUGGCCUCUGGGAUGCUUUCAGCAAUGAAGAAGCUGUUCGAUUCAUCAAGGAGCGCUUGGAUGAACCUCAUUUUGGGGCUAAGAGCAUAGUUUUACAGUCAUUUUACAGAGGCUGCCCUGACAAUAUAACAGUCAUGGUGGUGAAGUUCAGGAAUAGCAGCAAAACAGAAGAGCAGUGAACCCCUCAGGGUUUCGUCUGCCUUAGACUAAAGGACUUUCAACACACUGGUCUCUUUUAAUGUAGUGAAAGGCGUGGGAGUUACAAUUAGGAUCAUCUACCUAGACAUGGGAUUCCCCCUCCCUGGUGGCCAUAGGUCUAUAUGCAGUAAUGAACAGAGGGUGCUCUCAGCCAAUGUAGCCAAGAGGCUGGAAAAUGGUUUCUUCAUGUUUUUCCAAGUCUUUCAUCUGAUGUUGAAAAUAUAUAAAUAUAUAGCUGUAGAUUCACACGUAUGAAGUGAAUGGCAUAUGUGCCAUAUAUUCUCCCAUUUGAGAUUCUUUUCAAGAUCUCUUACAGGGUUCUCCAGGCAUCAGACUUUGUCCUCUCUUCGGAGCCGUGAACAGAGCAGGCCUCCAGAGCUGCAGGAGACAGGCUGCAGCGUCCUCUGUGAGUCAGGGCUGAUGUGUCAACGCCCGUUGCUGAGAGGCAGAGCUAUCCUGAGAGUGCUUUGUCCUUCUGAGCCCAGGUUUUUCUGCCCAGCAGCAGCCCAGACACAGAUUUGGGAUGGUUUAUUAUUCCGUGGCCGCUCUUAGAGACUGAGGGAAGUGGGGAGGAUGAGAGCUGCCUGCACAGCAGACAUAACCUUUUCCCCUGGCUUCCUUUAUUAGUUAAAUAGACUCUGUGUACCACCUGACCAGUCUUUGUGCGUUUAUCCUAAUUGUGCAUGACCUUAACCUUUUGCUUCUACCUUACCUUAUGUAAUAGGCAGCUGUGAAACUUCACCACCAGACACCACGAUUUUUUGUCUUACCAAGAAACCUGUUCGGGGAAAUGAGUAACACAAAUCACAAUACCAUAAUUCCUUCAGUCUUUAAGGGUAGAGGAAAAUAGUGGCCAAAUAAGUCACAGUGCCUCUUGGGAAAUCUACUGUUUGCAUUAGGAGAGAAAGCUGGUGAGGUCACCACCCUGAACUGAGCUCCAGCGGCCAGUUUUUGUGCGGGUUUUUUUUCCUCGGCUAUCCUAUUAGCUUUCAUGUAUCUUUCAAGCAGUGUUCAGAGAAGCAGCAGCCUCGAACUGUGUGUGUGUUCCUUGAAGCCCAGUACACAGUUCCCAGUGCGGUUUGGCAUUUGGUGAUAAAAUGCUGGCAUGUGCUUCUCCUUGACAGUGGAAAGGCAGCAGCCGGUAACAUUUGGUUGCAGAUCACCGUCCACACUAGGUAGCUUUCCCCAAAAAAAUACAAUCCGUCCCACACCGCCCCGCCCUGUGUUUCGAGGCAACCCAGCUGGCUGGGAAUUCAAGCUCAAACCUGUAUUGUUAAGUGGCUCAGAGUUAUUUCUGUGCAAAGCUUGCUGCUCUUCAUUUCCUAUCUCCAAAGUCAUGUUUCCAAUAUCAGUAUUGUAUAAAUUAAUUGACAGAAAAUGCUGGGUCAUCCUGUUUGCCUGGCUGAUGUGGCUCAAGCAACCAAACAAGAUUUUUGUUGUGUCUCCGCCCCUCUGUGUCUGAAAUGUCAAGGUGUCCGCCUGGUUUUGUCCUUCUCAAGUGGGCACUUGUCGUUAGAGCUUCUCAAAGGCCCCAUUGCUUGGCCACCUCUGGUCCACGGUGCUCCUCCCCUCCCCGCCCCACCCUUAUUCAACUAUGCAGCUUUCCGGAAGCAGGUUCCAAGGGAGGACCUGGGAAGAUGAAAAGAUUCCCUUGCGGCUGCCAAGGACUGCACACCCUGUCUUGAUUCCUCCAAGCACUUACCUUUCUUUGACUGCAGUGAGAAUUAAUAAUGGUUUCCCAAGAGAUUUGGCUCACUUUGGUAAACUGUAACAUUAGAAUUUCCAACAUUAGAAUCAGAACCCUGAUUUUUUUUUUUUCAGCUAUAGAAUGUUCUAGUACAAAAUAUCUGCCACCAUUUUAGAUUGAAGUGUUUGCAUAUUGAGAGACAGUGAGCAUUUGGAUGUGUGUAUCUGGGUGGGGGUCAGGAGAGGAAUGUAGGAGUCAUGCUGGUUGUGCUCAGUGAUGGGACAGUCAAGCCAGGUGGCCCAUGUUUGCUUGGAGAUCUAGGACAUUGUGACUCUGGAGAGUUACCAAAGCCCACCAGGAACAGGCAGUUUCAGCAUGUUGUGCUACACAGUCCGUUUUCCUUUUUUAUUUUUAACUUAACCCUAAAAUUCAUCAUAACAAGAGAAAGAAAUUAUUAAAUUCCAUGAUCAUUGUUAUUGUCUAAAAUGAAAAUAUUAAUGUUUUGGUGAAGACAAAAAAGCAAAGCCACAGUGGAGUCCUGUUUGUUUAUCCUGCGCAAUGUCUUCCUAGGCGGCACCGAGUGCAGGACUGCAUGCUUGGGGAAGCCCCCAGCUGAGGUUCACAAGGUGGCUUCCAAAUUUUGCUUUGUAGAAUUAACUCCUUUCUGAAUUUAACCACAUAGUGUGUGUGUAUUUCCUACUCCCUUUCUUUCUGCCUCUUUUCCUCCCACUUUGGCUUGUAGAUUUUUCAAAGAUAGACAUUUUAGGCAAAAUAGUAGCAGUUUUAUUAAUAGCUGUGUCUAAACUUAGAGAAUUUUGCUUCCUUCCCCUGUCCUGGAGCUCUCUCUGACCCUCCGUCCAGCUGUUUGGGGUCUACAGACAUCACCCCUGGGGUGCCCUGUGGCUCAUUUUCUAGGGACAAGGGAAGUUGAAUCUAGCCUUUAGGGAAAUUGAUUUGAGGAGUUUGCAUGUGAAACUUCCCUAAACAGCACUGCCAAAGCUUUGGAAUUACCACACGAGGCCGCCCAGACUCCCUAGCCCGAGUUCGCAUUGCCAAUAGCCCCAUGGUGCCAAAUUUUGGGAUGAUUUUGCAGUCUUUUAAAAAUGAAGUUGGGAAUGAAUGACCACAUGCUUAUGAGCCCCCAGCAAGGUGCCAAGCCCAGAUCCUCAUUAAUGCACUGCUCUGCUUCUGCUCCACUGGCAAUUUAUACUCUUAACAUGGGUUGGGAUUAGGGGCAAGGGUAGGACAAGAUAGGAAAACUUUUUAAAAAAUUCAUUGUAUUUGCAAUUCUUUAAUCAAAGGAAUAAACAAUACUUACAUUAAAAACUCCAAAGCUAGUUCCUAAGAUCUGCAUUCAUUUUAUGUGACCAACUUGUCCAAGGCACUUAACUCUGAAGUCACUAUUGUAAUACAACAUGACUGUGCACAGAUGUACACAUUACUGGUAACCAAUGGCUACAUUCUAUUCCUUGCAGUAGAUAAAAGGUAUUGGCCUCUUGAAUCUUGUCUAUGUGAUAAGGGUAUUACGAAGAGUAUUUUUUUUGUAGAGUAAAGGAGCACAGGCAAUCUGGAUAAUUUAACACAGGGCUUAUUUCAGGCAACUGUAAUGAUUUCAACCCACAUACAUUUUGUGCAUACGGGAUUGCAUUAGAAUGACAGCAUCAUCAUUUCAACCCAACUGAAGUAAUUCUAGGAAAUUGAUUACAUUAUUGAAUUGGAUCACUGGGAUUUCCGGCAGUACAUGUGAGAUACACAAGGGAGUGAUCACUUUUUUCCUUUGCCCGGUAUACCUUGAUUUUCUGGAUUUUUUUUCUCCCCGAGUUAUUGCCAGAUCGAAUGCUCUUACAACUGUGUCAAUGAAGAAGGUUUAGAAAGGGCAACAUUUUGUAGUGCAUUUGAAAGUCUAAGAAUACAUACUGUGGAUAAAGCUUUAUUCUUUAAUGAUUUCAGAAAAAUUGUUUUCCCUUUGACUCAUCAUCAUUAGACUGAUCCUCCCAUAAUAUUCUCCCCAGAUUGCCUUAGCUUGUCACACCAGCAUUCCUGAACCAGCUCUGCAGAAAUGACAUGACUGUUAGAUACCACACUGGGGCCUAUUUAAUUGCCUCUAGACUAAAUUGUUGGUAUCUAGACUUUUGAGCUACUUAGCUGAACAUGGCAGGAGUAAUAGAAUCCAGUGUUCCCCUGAGUGUGUUCUAUAGAACCUAAGUUCCAAAUGGAGGUGCUCUUCCAAAUAUAAGGUUCCAUGCUCAAAUGAGUUUGGGAAACAUACUAUCUUAUCAUACUGUGUGCUUAUAAGCACAUAGAAGGUUUUAAUUUAAAUGUCCUAUGGCGGGGCGGGGUGGGGGGGGGAAUAUACCACAAAUGUAAUUUAAGUUAGCUCAGUGUUUUUCAGAUUAAUUUGGACAGAGAAACUUUUUUGAGUAACACCUAGUAACGUUCCAAGGAGCUUGUGUUCCAUAGGACCCACAUUGGAAAUUCUGGUAUAUGGAAAUAUUACUGUUUUCUCAUUCACUGUGACUCUUAGUAGUAGCACUACAGUUUGCAAUUUUGAAACAAGUCCUUUCACAUAGGAGACUGAUUUGUCAGUGAAAGCAGUGUUAAGAAGCAGUCUGACUUAAUAAGCCCAUCAGCAGCCUCCCGUUGAUAACAGAAGCCCAGCAGUCCUACCUGAAGCUCUAAACUUCUCUCUUCUUCUAUGUGAAUAAUAAGUAGGAGCCUUGCCAUAGCUAGGGAUUUCUUAGAUUCAUUCCAAGAGCUUUCCGUUCUGUUUCGAAGUUACCUCUUGGCUUUCCAGAUUGAAUCAAAAUAAAUAGAUUUAUAUUUCAUCACAACGUGAGAGUUUAAAUAUACAUAUUUAAAAUAAUAGAAAAGGGGGAAAAGACUUGGUUUUAAUUCAUUUUAAAUUUUUAACUCAAUUUUUAAAAUUAUGUAUCCAUUGUGUAAUAAUGGAAAUGUAAACUAAUAACACUUCUUUACUCUCUUUCCUCUGUCAUUCUUUCUAGAUUCAAUGAUAUAAUCCGAAUCAGUCAAAGCUGAUUCAUUCUAAAAUCCCUUUCCCAUAUUUUCCCGCCUUUCACAUUUUAUGUAUAGGAUAGUUUAGUAAGUCAUCUCUGGCAUCAGAUGUAGGGCUUGACUAUAUAGCUCCAUACUCCUCACUCAGCCUGGGCAGUGCUGGGAAGCUCUGAGAGGCAAUCCCAAAAUAACAGAUGAAAUAAAUUUAGUCCAAAACGUGGCGCACAGGCAAUUUAGGGUAACUUCAUUAACUCAGAAUUACCUCCACUGUUCAGGAAUUAUACCCACCCUGUGGACAUUAUCUAAACUAGUAAAAAACUGAAAGUGAAAUUAUUCAGGCCAAGUGGCAGAUGGUGGAGGGCAAGUGAUGGUUGACGCUACAUGGCUUCCGUCAGAUAUGUGCGUCUAGACACGUUUUCUAAUAUGUAAAUUUUUUGCUAAUUCAUGAUGUUUAUGCUUUGUCCAUUACUUUUUUGUUACCACUGUUAAGCUGCAGACUGUUUAACUAAGAGAUGCUUAUACUAAUUUUGAUGUGCUUAGUAAUGACCACACCAGCACCUGUAUAAUCACUUUAUUAAUCCAAACUAAGGACUUUGUAGAGAGUAUGUAGUAGCUGUGCAUUUUAACAAAUCAUCAUAGGCAUUUUCACAAUUCAAAACUCUGCCAGCCAGCAAGCAAGCAGCAAAGGUGUAGAUUAUAUAGAGAUGUGGUUCCACUUAUUCUAGAAGUCCUAUAAUCUAGUAUUAUUUAACUACAAAAUUCCCCCUGACAUUUGCCAAAUUUGAAUUAAGCUCAGAGCCUCCAAGUACCUGAGUCCUCGGCUCUGAGCACCAGCAGAUUGCCGCGAAGGGUCUGGCAGCAGAUUGUGGUGGGUGAGCAUUGAGGGCAGGACCACGUGCCUGAGUCACUCAUUACCUCUGUAGGAGAGGGAGUAUCAGCCACACUCUCCCAUCACCUUCUGUCAUGAGGAAAUUCCAGAGGUUAAAUAUGAUAUCAUGCAUUAUCUCCACUUGCUUCUGUAUAUAUCUGACAAUGCAUAAUUUAAUCUAUGUUCGCACAGAAACAAUGGUAGAGGUAGUAAUCAAGGAACUGGGGAAGAAUAUCUUAAGGGUACCCAGACACUAAAACUGUAAAAAGUAGGUUUUCCAAAAUUUGUAUUAUCAGUCUUCUGCCAUACAUGGGUCAUAUUUAAUAGCAAUUGCUGACACGUGCACACAGAUCAGUAGAAGGCAAUUGUUCCCACAUCUUACCUACUCAGACGAGUGGCUUCCUACUUAGAGUAUUGGCUAAUGCUUUUUUUAUGGGUUAAGAAAGACAGAAUUCUAGAGCUCCUUUUAUAGGACUGCUAGAACAGGCAGAAUGACAUCUAAGAAAAAAUAAUUGGAACAUUUUUUUAAUUUAAAAAAAGGCAAAAUUAAUUUCCAGUAUGGUCAAAGUCAGAAUGAAAAGAAAAGCAUUUUUAAGAACACAUAAAAGACAAAAUUAAAGGAGAAUAAUAUAAAAGGAAAUAUUUUAAGAAAAGAAGGCAUAUUUUAUUACAUUAUGAAUCAUGCUUUCUGAUACUUGUGGUUUUUCUGAAGUUAAGGAGAUAACAUUGAAAUAAGAAAAUGAAAAUUGAGUUAUUUGUAAAGUAAAAUUACAGUCCCUGUUCCAUUCUUUCCCAAUGAAAAUGAAUACAUGUGGUCUUAUUUAUUGCUGCUCUAAACACCUUCACUGUUGUAGGUUCUGUUUACUUUCCAAAUCUUAGCUACAACAGAGAGCGAAUUUUAGAACACAUAAUUUUUCAAAUGCCAACAUGAAUACCAGUGAGUAUUAUGAAUCACUCAACUGGGUUUUACUCCUGAAACCAAGACUACACUGUAUAUUUACUAACUUGAAUUUAAAUAAACCAAUUUUAAAAAUAAAUAAAUAAAACACAAUUACAAAAACAAACAACAGGGUAAUUCCGUGUUCUCACCUGUGGGAGGUUUUCUAAUCCAUAUAAUGCAAAGGGCCAUAUUUGCUCAUAUAAUUUAAAAAAAAAACACCAAUCAUGUAGAAAUGAUGUUUCAGACAUCUUUAGCCCAAGAGAAUGAGGUCUUUUGUGCAAAUUUUAAAUUUCUGUCUGUCUUACUAUAUGUAAGAAUAAACAAUGACUGCUUAAUGUACUAAUGAAAAGAUACAAAUCCUGCUAUUUGGGAAAAAACUAGAAGCAUGGGACAUUAAGCAAGACUACUCUCCACAUUUAGGCUCUAAGACUAUAACCAGACAGGCUUCAUGUAUUGGUUAUUUUGAUUGCCCUUUUAUCUCAGGCAUAUAUUCAGAAAAUAGAGUAAUAAAUACAAAAAUGGAGAAAAUCCAAUAACUUUUGCUUCUAUAUUAGAAUGCAGGGGUGCCUGGCUGGCUCAGUCGGUAGAGCAUGCAACUCCUAAUCUCGGGGUCGUGAGUUCAAGCUUCACACUGGGCACAGAUAUUACUUUAAAGAAAUUAGAAAGCAGUGUUUGCCCUUGUUAGUUUGUCUGAAAUACUUGUUCAUAUUGAAACAUUAACACCUACAACAUUGUCUUUAGUUUACCCUUCAAUUACUAAAGCAAAUGGCUUUGAGGUAUAGCACGUACACAAUUUCAGUGCAGGUUGUCCAGCUGAAAUUUACUUUGCAAUGCCUCAGUGUUCCCAUGGUGAGCCAGGAAAAGGAAAAUAAAAGGAAGAAGAAGAAAUUUUAAUAAGGUCAGAGAAUGGUUAUUCUGACAAGCCUGGAAAAUAGUAAUGAAGUUAAACGCUCCAGUGUGAACGUACAUAAUUUCUAUAUGCCAAAUGUACAAGGUAUAUUUUUAAAUACAAGCAUUAUUGCAUUUAUAACAGAUUGAUCUACCUUAUGAACAGAUUUCAUUAGAAAAGACACUAUUUUUGCUGUAAGUACAUCUGCUUGUAUGUUUUAUUCUUUCCUUUACUAAUUUUUCUUUUUUUUCAGAUUACCUGACAUGUGCCAAGCAGAGAUAGUCUGAAUGUCUCUAAUGGUGAGCACUCAGGCACCAUCCCUGCCUUCUUGGCAUUUACAGCCCAUGGAGGGUUUCGUAGAUAUUCUAAUGCUCACUUUUGGCUGAAUGGGUUGAAAAUUGGCAUCUAUCAUGAUUUCCUCCAAUAGGCUUAGAUUUGUGAAGACAGGGCAGGAUUAUAAUAAUUCUUUCCUACACAUAAGAGAGUGCAUGAUAAAAGAUUAGGGAUAUCUUGCUCACAUCCAAGCAAAUUGCAUCAGGUAAUUAUUCCAUGUUAGAUCACCUAGGUUUUUCUGAGGAAGUGAGGAAGUGAGACAGAGAGCCCCUGUAGACCAGGGCAGGGGUAAGGCUGUCCCAGAGGAGGCCAUCAUUGAGGCCUCCACCCAAGUCAGACAACAGCCAUACAAGGGCUCAGCAGUAGUAUAGUCAAAGCCAAGGUGUCUCUCCCUCCAGGAUCCUCUCCUGGAGGAAAGAAUUACAGAAAAGAGAAUAAGGAAUAAUGACAACAUCUCUCCAUGGCAUAUUUUAAUUUUUGUUCCCAAGAAGCUAUAUAGUGUAACAAUCUUAUGCCCCAAAAGAGAACCCAGAACUGAGGGUGUUUAUCAACAGUGUUCCUAAAUAUAUAAAUAAGUGAACUCGUUAUAUAGAAAAUUGACAUGUCUCAGGAAUAUAAUAAUUUCUUGGUUUUAAAAAUGAAGAGAAGACUAAAUGCCAGAUUGUUUUUUAAUCAUAAAUUUGGUAUCCAUAGUAACUUUUGGCACGGAAUUUAAGUUUUAUAUUUUGAACAAAAAUAGCAACAUCUAUUUUCUGUGUGGCAAAACAAAACUAAAUGCCAGACUUUUAUUUUUAACCACAGAAGCCACCACUUCUAAGUUCUUUGCCUGGUCAUCUUACCUAGAUCUCUUUUUCUGUUUAUGGCAAUUGCUUCUUUAUCCAAGGAACGUUAGCUACUGCCAAAUGACAUUAGAAUCCUACUGAAUUAGAAUAAUAGAAGGUGAAUGAUAAGAGAUUGGGAAUAUCUCAUAGUGAUCAGAAGUGGGGAGUUUUGUUGCCGUUUUGUUUUUAAGCAUGAGAACAUAUAAAAGAAAAUUCAAAUUAAGGCAAAACAAUUUAUGAUUUGGUAAGAUUAAAACCAGAGGUGGAGCCCCAUUAUUAAGGAAGUAAAGGAGAGUUGGAGAGAGGAAGAGAAAAAAAAAAAACCACAUAAUUGAGUAAUGUUUUUUAUGAAUGGUAUAUCUCCAAAGCUCUGAUCUCAUUCCUUGCUGGAUUUUAAAACAGUGACUUUGUAUAAGGUUUGACUAAACCAAUUUCAACAUCACAAAAUUUUUCCAUUAGUACUUUCUUGCUAUUUUAAAAAUUAUAAGAAGUUGUUUAUAAAAAGAUAACCAGGAUCCAUAAAUUAUUAGACAAUGCUUUUUUUUAAGAAUCUUCAGAUUAUAUUUAAUCAUUAAAUCACAGGCCGAAACGAUUGCUCAAAUCAAACAGGCUUUCUGAUAAGUUAGUCCCUGAAAAUUAUCCAUGAUAAAUAUAACAAAAUCUUCACAAAACCUCAUUACUCUUGGUACUCUUUAGAGGUUUGUAUACCUACUAUUCUAUAUUUGUCUCUAAGAGACAUUUGAAACAAUGUCAGAUGUUAGUUUGGUGUAGAGCUCAGAGUAGAUGGCGGUUCACGGUCACUCAAGAUGCAUGGUAUGUCGUUCAGGUCCCUUUGAUGUGUGCUAGGGGUAGAUUUAGCCUUGUGGAGACUAAUGUGUUCAUGCAAUCACUGAUUCUGUGUUGUUGUAUACAAAAUGAACAGCUAAAAGUUCACCCUUGAUGACAAGAUUAAAGCAAAAAUAAACCCAUUAAAGUUAUUGGACUUUA